AUGAGUUCCGCGUAUCUCCCAUACAUUCGCUACUGUAUUUUCAUGGGAAAUCUCGGAUUCUUCUCAAAUGCGAUUUUUGGAUUCAUCCUGGUCUAUUUGACCUUGUUCCAUGUGAAAAGACAAUUCGGAUCAUACAAGUACCUUCUGGCCAAUUUUCAAGUCCUUGGUUUCAUUUUUGCCGCUUUUGAGUUCUUGUUUCAUACGUUCCUCCACACCUACAACGCGAGUUUGAUCUACUUUAGCUUGUCGCGUCCUCUGGGUCUCUCAAAUUUUCAAAUCGAAUGGAUGAUGGGAGUUUAUACCGGCCUAUACUCUGCAACCAUUUGUCAAUUAGCCAUACAAUUCAUCUACCGGUACUGGGCGAUUUUCGACACAGCAAAGCUCAAAUACUUCAACGGCGCAUUUUAUCUCCUUUGGGUUGGCUACUACUCAUUCUUCGGUGUCCUAUGGGCCUUUGCAGUGGGUCACUUUUUCGCGAUGGAUGGUUUUGGAAGAAAAUAUUUGGGUGAUGAGAUUUUGCUUCGUUAUGAGAGGAACAUCACCGAGAUUCCGGUACUUGGCCUCAUCGCUUAUGAAGGCGACGGCAUUCGUUGGAGAAAUGUUUACGGGUUGUCACUGAUGACACUGAUUUCCACUGUACAGUACUCGAUUAUUAUCGUUUGUGGGCAUCAGAUGUUUGUUGGGAUGCGUACAAAACUCACGGCACUUUCUCCACAACAUCGACGGCUUCAUCGGCAGUUUUUCAGAGCAUUGAUGAUUCAGGUAGAUUUUUUAAAAAAUACGACGGCAAAGUACAAGGAACCAAGCGGUAAAACUGCGAAAACGACGUUGACUCAACCUGGAAAAAUUGCAACAAUUCAAAAUCAAUGA